AGCACAAAGCACUGGCUCUGGAGCUUUAUGAAAGCUUCAAGCGGAAGCCCUGAGAGCUCCGGCUGUGAAUGCACUUUAUUUUGGACCCAGAAGAUCCUGGGGCUCCUCAGGCCUCGACAGAGGGAAAACCGAAGCACAGGCGACUCCGCGGCGGGGUUGUAAUGGCGGCGCCUCCUGCUCGCCCAGACCACACCCGGCUGCUCCACAUCUGCCUUCUCCUGGGGGUUCUGGUGGAAAUCAGGGCCGAACAGAUCCGCUACUCGGUGUUUGAGGAGCAGGAAGAAGGCUCAGUGGUGGGCAACAUCGCCAAGGACCUGGGGUUGGCGCCCCGGGAGCUGGCGGAGCGCGGAGUCCGUAUCGUCUCCAGAGGUAGGACGCAGCUUUUCGCCCUGAACCCGCGCAGCGGCACCUUGGUCACCGCGGGUAGGAUAGACAGGGAGGAGCUCUGCGACAGAUCUCCAAACUGUGUGACAAACCUGGAGAUUCUUCUAGAAGAUACAGUGAAGAUUUUGCGGGUAGAGGUGGAAAUAAUCGAUGUUAAUGAUAACCCACCCAGUUUUGGGACAGAACAGAGGGAAAUAAAAGUUGCUGAAAAUGAAAAUCCUGGGACAAGAUUUCCUCUUCCUGAAGCUUUUGAUCCGGAUGUAGGGGUAAACUCCCUGCAGGGUUACCAGCUCAACUCAAACGGUUACUUUUCCCUGGACGUGCAAAGCGGGGCCGAUGGGAUUAAGUACCCAGAGCUGGUGCUGGAACGCGCUCUAGAUCGCGAGGAAGAGGCGGUUCACCACCUCGUUCUCACGGCCUUCGAUGGAGGUGACCCGGUUCGCUCUGGCACUGCCAGGAUUCUCAUAAUACUUGUGGAUACCAACGAUAAUGCUCCCGUGUUCACUCAGCCCGAGUACCACGUAAGUGUUCAUGAGAACGUUCCUGUAGGCACUCUGCUACUCACCGUAAAAGCCACUGAUCCAGAUGAAGGAGCCAAUGGAGACGUGACGUAUUCUUUCCGGAAAGUAAGAGACAAAAUAUCACAGCUAUUUCAGUUGAAUUCUCUGAGUGGGGAUAUAACAAUAUUGGGGGAUCUAGAUUAUGAGGACUCUGGAUUCUAUGACAUAGAUGUAGAAGCCCAUGAUGGGCCUGGUCUCCGAGCUAGAAGCAAGGUACUGGUGACAGUUCUGGAUGAAAAUGACAACGCACCAGAAGUCACAGUUACAUCUCUCACCAGCUCAGUCCAGGAAACUUCUUCCCCAGGUACAGUAAUUGCACUUUUCAACGUGCAUGACAGUGACUCAGGAGGAAAUGGCCUAGUCACAUGUUCUAUUCCAGAUAAUCUGCCAUUCACACUUGAAAAGACCUAUGGAAAUUAUUAUCGGUUGUUGACACACAGAACACUGGACAGGGAAGAAGUCUCAGAAUAUAACAUCACUGUAACUGCCACUGACCAGGGAACUCCUCCACUGUCUACAGAAACUCAUAUUUCACUGCAGGUGAUGGACAUCAAUGACAACCCACCCACUUUCCCUCAUGCUUCCUACUCUGCUUACGUUCCUGAAAACAACCCCAGAGGAGCCUCCAUCUUAUCUAUGACUGCUCAAGACCCUGACAGUGGUGACAAUGCCCGAAUCACUUACUCCCUGGCCGAAGACACCUUCCAGGGUGCACCUCUGUCCUCCUAUGUCUCCAUCAACUCCAAUACAGGGAUCCUAUAUGCUCUUCGCUCCUUCGACUAUGAGCAGUUUAGAGACCUGCAGCUACUGGUGACAGCCAGUGACAGUGGAGACCCUCCACUCAGCAGCAAUGUGUCACUGAGCCUCUUUGUGCUGGACCAGAACGACAAUGUCCCUGAGAUCCUGUACCCCACCUUCCCUACGGAUGACUCCACUGGUGUGGAGCUGGCACCCCGCUCCGCAGAUUCCGGCUACCUGGUGACCAAAGUGGUGGCAGUGGACAGAGACUCAGGUCAGAAUGCCUGGCUGUCCUACCGCCUACUCAAGUCCAGCGAGCCGGGACUAUUUGCAGUGGGGCUGCACACAGGCGAGGUGCGCACCGCACGGGCCCUGCUGGACAGAGACGCGCUCAAGCAGAGCCUUGUAGUGGUCGUCCAGGACCAUGGCCAGCCCCCUCUCUCGGCCACCGUCACACUCACUGUGGCUGUGGCCGACAGCAUCCCAGAUGUCCUGGCUGACUUGGGCAGCCUCAAGCCUUCAGCAGACCCAGACGACUCGGGCCUCACACUCUAUCUCGUGGUGUCAGUGGCCGCUGUCUCCUGUGUCUUCCUGGCUUUUGUCACGGUGCUGCUAGCACUCAAGCUGAGACGCUGGCACAAGUCACGCCUGCUUCACGCUGAAGGCAGCAGGUUGUCAGGUGUGCCUGCCUCGCACUUUGUGGGCGUGGACGGGGUUCGGGCUUUCCUGCAGACCUAUUCCCACGAGGUCUCCCUCACCGCGGACUCGCGGAAGAGUCACCUGAUCUUCUCCCAGCCCAGCUAUGCAGACACGCUCAUCAGCCUGGAGAGUUGUGAGAAAAGCGAGCCUCUUCUGAUAACUCAGGAUUUACUUGAAACAAAAGGAGACCCUAAUCUUCAGCAAGCCCCGCCCAACACGGACUGGCGUUUCUCUCAGGCCCAGAGACCCGGCACCAGCGGCUCCCAAAAUGGCGAUGACACCGGCACCUGGCCCAACAACCAGUUUGACACAGAGAUGCUGCAAGCCAUGAUCUUGGCCUCCGCCAGUGAAGCUGCUGAUGGGAGCUCCACCCUGGGAGGGGGUGCCGGCACCAUGGGAUUGAGCGCCCGCUACGGACCCCAGUUCACCCUGCAGCACGUGCCCGACUACCGCCAGAAUGUCUACAUCCCAGGCAGCAAUGCCACACUGACCAACGCAGCUGGCAAGCGGGAUGGCAAGGCCCCAGCAGGUGGCAAUGGCAACAAGAAGAAGUCGGGCAAGAAGGAGAAGAAGUAAAAUGGAGGCCAGGCCAAGAGCCACAGGGCGGCCUCCCCCCAACCAGCCCAGCUUCUCCUUACCUGUACCCAGGCCUCAGAGUUUCAGGGCUAACCCCCAGAAUACUGGUAGGGGCCAAGGCCAUGCUCCCCUUGGGAAACAGAAACAAGUGCCCAGUCAACACCUACCCCCUUCCCCCCCAGGGGGUUGAAUAUGCAAAAGGAGUUCUGCUGGGAACCCCCAUCCAAUCAAUUGCUGUACCCAUGGGGGUAGUGGGGUUAGUGUAGACACCAAGAACCGUUUGCCACACCCCGUUUAGUUACAGCUGAACUCCUCCAUCUUCCAAAUCAAUCAGGCCCAUCCAUCCCAUGCCUCCCUCCUCCCCACCCCACUCCAACAGUUCCUCUUUCCUGAGUAAGGUGGUUGGGGUGUUGAAGUACCAGGUAACCUACAAGCCUCCUAGUUCUGAAAAGUUGGAAGGGCAUCAUGACCUCUUGGCCUCUCCUUUGAUUCUCAAUCUUCCCCCAAAGCAUGGUUUGGUGCCAGCCCCUUCACCUCCUUCCAGAGCCCAAGAUCAAUGCUCAAGUUUUGGAGGACAUGAUCACCAUCCCCAUGGUACUGAUGCUUGCUGGAUUUAGGGAGGGCAUUUUGCUACCAAGCCUCUUCCCAACGCCCUGGGGACCAGUCUUCUGUUUUGUUUUUCAUUGUUUGACGUUUCCACUGCAUGCCGUGACUUCCCCCACCUCCUCCUCAAACAAGAGACUCCACUGCAUGUUCCAAGACAGUAUGGGGUGGUAAGAUAAAGAAGGGAAGUGUGUGGAUGUGGAUGGUGGGGGCAUGGACAAAGCUUGACACAUCAAGUUAUCAAGGCCUUGGAGGAGGCUCUGUAUGUCCUCAGGGGACUGACAACAUCCUCCAGAUUCCAGCCAUAAACCAAUAACUAGGCUGGACCCUUCCCACUACAUAAUAGGGCUCAGCCCAGGCAGCCAGCUUUGGGCUGAGCUAACAGGACCAAUGGAUUAAACUGGCAUCUCAGUCCAAGGAAGCUCGAAGCAGGUUUAGGACCAGGUCCCCUUGAGAGGUCAGAGGGGCCUCUGUGGGUGCUGGGUACUCCAGAGGUGCCACUGGUGGAAGGGUCAGCGGAGCCCCAGCAGGAAGGGUGGGCCAGCCAGGCCAUUCUUAGUCCCUGGGUUGGGGAGGCAGGGAGCUAGGGCAGGGACCAAAUGAACAGAAAGUCUCAGCCCAGGAUGGGGCUUCUUCAACAGGGCCCCUGCCCUCCUGAAGCCUCAGUCCUUCACCUUGCCAGGUGCCGUUUCUCUUCCGUGAAGGCCACUGCCCAGGUCCCCAGUGCGCCCCCUAGUGGCCAUAGCCUGGUUAAAGUUCCCCAGUGCCUCCUUGUGCAUAGACCUUCUUCUCCCACCCCCUUCUGCCCCUGGGUCCCCGGCCAUCCAGCGGGGCUGCCAGAGAACCCCAGACCUGCCCUUACAGUAGUGUAGCGCCCCCUCCCUCUUUCGGCUGGUGUAGAAUAGCCAGUAGUGUAGUGCGGUGUGCUUUUACGUGAUGGCGGGUGGGCAGCGGGCGGCGGGCUCCGCGCAGCCGUCUGUCCUUGAUCUGCCCGCGGCGGCCCGUGUUGUGUUUUGUGCUGUGUCCACGCGCUAAGGCGACCCCCUCCCCCGUACUGACUUCUCCUAUAAGCGCUUCUCUUCGCAUAGUCACGUAGCUCCCACCCCACCCUCUUCCUGUGUCUCACGCAAGUUUUAUACUCUAAUAUUUAUAUGGCUUUUUUUCUUCGACAAAAAAAUAAUUAAAAGUUUCUUCUGAAAAGCUGAA